AUGGAGACGUACGCCGACGCGACGAAGUGGUUGCUGGCUCCCACGGAACACCGCACCAUCAGGGGCAUGCGCCUCGAGUUCUACCUGACCGACUACUCCCCUCACCUGCUGCACUCCAUCGGCGACGCUGUCGCCGAGAGCAGGGCAGAGCGCUGGGAGCUCACCGCACGGACAGAGGCGGGCGACUAUGCCAGCAAGGAGGAGCGUCAAGUGUCGCGGCAACGACUCAUGUCGUUCGUCGGCGCAUGUCCGGUGGCGUUCCGUCGGCUCACCAGCCUCACCCUGCAUAACGUCCUCCUCCGCAACUCGGAGGUCCAUCAUCUCCUCAACACCUGCGAUCGACUCGAGGUCUUGUCCUUGCACUGUUGCGAAAGCGUUGGUGCGCCGUUCCUGCAGAUCGACGCUCCUAGCUCGUCGCUUGUCGCCCUCGAACUCCACUACUGCUACUACUUUUCGGUCCAGCUGACCAGGGUCCCGAAUCUUGAGCGGGUUCUUGACAACUCUAAUAGAAAUCACCCGAACAUUUACUUCAUGCUCGAGUUGGGCGGUGUUCCUCGCCUUCGCGACAUAAACCUCUCAGCGGACCAUCUGCUUGGCUACAAAGAUCUAAAUACAAGUGGGUUCUCGGCCUUCUUUGGUAACUUGAGGCAUAUUUACCUCUGCGACUUGAACACACAUAGAAUGGCCUGGACACUUUUUAUCCUGGAAGCCGCGCCUUUCCUGGAGAAACUUUCUCUCAAGAAGCAGAAGGUCAUUCUUGAAUCUGACUUUCCAUGA